AUGUUUCAACCUGAAAAGUCAAGUACACACAUCAAGGAAGACAAUAACAAAUAUCAUUUGGAUGGUCCAUUUUGUUCUCCAUCUGUUGUGGCAAGUUCAGUGGAAAAUCUCUGGACAACAUCAAAGGCAAAUUUGGGCAAGAUGCAGUUAAUGGAGGCAUUGUGGCUUGGUUGUGGAGCUCAGGGAAUGAAGGUUUGGUUGCCUUUGUUCCCAAGAGAUGAAGGCAAAACUCAUAAUUUCAUGUCCAAGAGAAUUAUGUUGCCAUUUAAGGUAGACAUUUAUCCUCUGGCUGUGUUAUUUGAAGAUGCUGUGAUCCUUGGCACAGGAAGUGAAGCAAUAUCCUAUUCCUUUGGUAGUUUGGACCGCCACUUACCUUCUGACCUGCCCUUCUGCAUGCUUGACAGAACUAGCCAAAUUUAUCUUCAUCACAUUCUUCGACAAUUGUUAAGAAGAAAUUUGGGGGUCCAUGCGUUGGAUCUGGCUCGUUGUUGUACAGAACUACCUUACUUCCCACAUGUCCUGGAAUUGUUGCUGCAUGAGGUGCUAGAAGCUGAAGCCACUUCAAAGGAACCAAUUCCAGAUCCCCUUCUUCCACGUGUGGUGGCCUUCAUUCAGGAGUUCCCAGAGUUCCUGCAGACUGUUGUCCACUGUGCCAGGAAGACAGAGGUUGCAUUGUGGCCCUAUCUCUUCUCUAAAGUUGGGAAUCCCACUGAUUUAUUUGAGCAAAAUAUGAAUCCAUUUUAUGAGGUAGGACACUUCUUUUGCAUUUAUUUCUGCUUGCAGUUCUCUCUUUAUUUAUAA